GUAGCCUGGCGGGCGGGGCCGCCUCGGACCGUGGAGCCGCUCCCCGCGCGGCGCCGCCCUCCUGCUCACCACCUCCCGCUCCGUGUGGUUUGUGGUAUCCUCGGAGGGGCAGAAGGUGUUCUCCUGGGGCAGUCCCGGCCCUGACAGGCGGACAGGCGGCCGAGAGCGCGGAUGCCCGCGGGCGUGCGCGCGUGGGAGGCGGCUGCGCUCUUCCCGCUGGGGCCCGGCGCGGCCUGAGGAUCCCCGGGUCAGCCGGGACGCUCACUGGCCGUGGACUGGGCCUGGGCGCGCGCGAGGCGGCGGCGGCGGCGGGACCCCGGGACCCCAGGCCGCGCGACACAGCCCGGAGGAGCCUCGCCCACGCUCGCGCCCCUCCCCCGCUCCGCUUCCUUCCUCCGUUCGGCGCGCCCGAGAGCGAGCGCGGGCCGGGACGCGAACCCGGGCAAGCCUCGGGCCGUUCAAUUCGGCGGCUCCGGGCCCGCUGCCCGCGCGCUAGUUGCGAGGCGUGGCCGGGCGGAGGAGGCGCUUUGGGGGGCGUGGGGCUCCCCAGCUGGCGGUGGCGACCGAGAGGGCGCGCGGGACAAUGAGCUGGGUGGCUGCGCGCUGCGGCUGAACGGGCCCACCUGCGAGCAUGGCCCGAAUGCCCGAGCCAGGUGCCCCGCGGCUUUAAGGUCCGAGCGCUGCGGCCGGGGCGGCGGGGACGUUCCUUUAUUAAUUGAUUGAUUUGUGGAGAGCUCCCUCUGAGCAGCCGCGAUGGCCAGCACCAGGAGCAUCGAGCUGGAGCAUUUUGAAGAACGGGACAAAAGGCCGCGGCCGGGGUCGCGGAGAGGGGCUCCCAGCUCCUCCGGGGGCAGCGGCAUCUCUGGCCCCAAGGGCAAUGGGCUCAUCCCCAGCCCGGCGCACAGUGCUCACUGCAGCUUCUACCGCACGCGGACCUUGCAGGCCCUCAGCUCGGAGAAGAAGGCCAAGAAGGCGCGCUUCUACCGGAAUGGGGACCGCUACUUCAAAGGCCUGGUCUUUGCCAUCUCCAGCGACCGCUUCCGUUCCUUCGACGCGCUCCUCAUGGAGCUCACCCGCUCCCUGUCAGACAAUGUGAACCUGCCCCAGGGCGUCCGCACAAUCUACACCAUAGACGGCAGUCGGAAGGUCACUAGCCUGGACGAGCUGCUAGAAGGAGAGAGUUACGUGUGUGCCUCCAAUGAACCGUUUCGUAAAGUUGAUUACACCAAAAACGUUAAUCCGAACUGGUCUGUGAACAUCAAGGGAGGCACAAGCCGAGCCUUGGCCGUGGCCUCUGUGAGAAGCGAGGCGAAAGAAAGCAAGGAUUUCAUCAAACCCAAGCUAGUGACUGUGAUUCGAAGCGGAGUGAAGCCUAGGAAGGCCGUGCGGAUCCUUCUGAAUAAAAAGACUGCCCAUUCCUUUGAGCAGGUCCUAACGGAUAUCACCGAAGCCAUUAAACUAGACUCUGGCGUGGUCAAGAGGCUGUGCACCCUGGAUGGAAAGCAGGUUACUUGUCUGCAAGACUUUUUUGGUGAUGAUGAUGUUUUUAUUGCUUGUGGACCUGAAAAAUAUCGUUAUGCCCAAGAUGACUUUGUCCUGGAUCAUAGCGAAUGCCGUGUUCUGAAGUCAUCUUAUUCCCGAGUCUCAGCUGCUAAGUAUUCUGGAUCCAAAAGCCCAGGACCCUCUCGCCGCAGCAAGUCACCAGCUUCAGUAAAGAGGGCUGGCCACUCCAGUGCCUAUUCUUCAGCCAAGUCCCCAGUUAAUGGAACGCCCAGCAGCCAGCUUUCCACUCCUAAGUCCACCAAGUCCUCCAGUUCCUCUCCAACCAGCCCAGGAAGUUUCAGAGGACUGAAGCAGAUUUCUACUCAAGGCGGAUCUUCAUCCAAUGUGAACGGUGGAGCUGAGCUUGACUGCUGCGUGAGUCCUGAAGGUGUGAAUGGAAACAGGUGCUCUGAGUCAUUCACUCUUCUGGAGAAAUACAGAAUCGGGAAGGUCAUUGGAGAUGGCAACUUCGCGGUAGUUAAAGAGUGUAUGGACAGGUCUACUGGAAAAGAGUUUGCGUUAAAGAUUAUAGACAAAGCCAAAUGCUGUGGAAAGGAACAUCUGAUUGAGAACGAAGUGUCAAUACUGCGCCGAGUGAAGCACCCCAACAUCAUCAUGUUGGUGGAGGAGAUGGAAACGGCGACUGAGCUCUUUCUCGUGAUGGAACUGGUCAAAGGUGGAGAUCUCUUCGAUGCAAUUACUUCUUCAACCAAGUACACCGAGAGAGAUGGAAGUGCCAUGGUGUACAACCUAGCCAAUGCCCUCAGAUAUCUGCAUGGCCUCAGCAUUGUACACAGAGAUAUCAAGCCGGAGAACCUCCUAGUGUGUGAAUAUCCGGAUGGAACCAAGUCUUUGAAACUGGGAGACUUUGGGCUGGCGACAGUGGUUGAAGGCCCUUUGUACACAGUCUGUGGCACACCGACCUACGUGGCGCCAGAGAUCAUUGCUGAAACAGGCUAUGGCCUGAAGGUGGAUGUUUGGGCUGCCGGCGUGAUUACGUACAUCCUUCUCUGUGGAUUCCCACCAUUCCGGAGUGAGAGCAAUCUCCAGGAAGAUCUCUUUGACCAGAUCUUGGCUGGGAAGCUGGAGUUUCCAGCCCCCUACUGGGACAACAUUACAGAUUCUGCCAAGGAAUUAAUCAGUCAAAUGCUUCAGGUAAACGUUGAAGCUCGCUGUACCGCAGGAGAAAUUCUGAGUCACCCCUGGGUGUCUGAUGACACACCCCAGGAGAACAAUAUGCGAGCUGAGGUGACAGGUAAACUGAAGCAGCACUUCAGUAAUGCGCUCCCCAAACAGAACAGCACCGCCACUGGGGUCUCCGUCAUCAUGAACACGGCUCUAGAUAAAGAGGGGCAGAUUUUCUGCAGCAAGCACUGUCAAGACGGCAGCAAACCAGCGAGGGAGCAGACCGCGGGGACAGUCCCUCCCUCAGCCCAGGAGGCCCCUCCCCCGCAAGAGUCUCCCAAGCGCCCUCGUCCUCCAGCCGCCUCAGGCUGUGAUCUGGCAGGGACCUGGCGCCGCCACCGAGACUGAACUCUGUAGGCAGGCCCGAAGCUGCCGGGGUCAGCCGUGCCAGGAAGGCCGCCCUCCCUCCCUCCCACCAGGCCUCACCGUCUCCUCGCUGAAGGAGCCUCCCUUUCCUCCCUGCGGCUGUGACAGUCUGUUGGCAUGUUCUGUCACUGUCUGGGAGCAGGACUGGGGCAUCCUGGAGCCGGUGCUCAGCGUAGCCUCAUGUAUUUUGGGCUCUGCUGGCAUGUCAGCUGUGGGGACACACUUGGAGUGACUCAUUUAAAUCCUCAGUGUUUCUACCCAGAGAAUGCAACCUUUAUUGGGAAUUACAUUCUUUUUACAGAAAUGCAUUGGAUGGACUAGGAGUCUCCUAUUGAGGGAUACUCCAAGUGCUCCCUUCUCACGGGGAUGUCCUCUGAGAGGCAACAUGACCUCUUCCUCUUCUAGGGGACCUGAGGCUCCCAGAUUCUGAAUAGAAGAAGAAAUGAGCCCCUGAGAAGACUGUGUGGUCAUCACCCUCCGAUUCCUGGUGUAGGGGAUGCUUUCUGACGCCCCAGGAAGCAGCAGCUCCCGCCCCAGUCUGGGGUGCAGGGCUCACAGACCUAGCGGACAUGCCCUCAGUUUCCCCACCUUCCUGUGUUGAGAAAUGCUAUGAAGUUGGCCUGUGGACUUGGCAAUGGAAAGUGCAGCAGCUCUUGGCAGAGCAGGAUCAGCCCGGCUGAGUCGCCAACAGGGCCUCCUCUCCCCUGCUCUCUGACAGGAGCAGGCCGAAAGCCAUGGCAGGUCUGCUGAGACCCAGCGGGGACUGGGGUGCACGGUGCUCCUUGAAUGUCCUGUGACCAACCUUCUGGAAGGCUGCUGGCAGUUUUUCCUUUUUUUCCACCGCCCUACUCUUUUUAAUAAUUGUAUAUAACUAUGUAUUUGUUUGGCCUUCUUGUCUUCUAAACGAGUGGGCCCUACAGUUCUCUCUGACUGUUAGAUUUUGCCUUCUCCAAGUAUCCCCAACCUGCAAUAAACUCUUUCCUCUUCGGAAAAGCUGUGGGGUGGGCAGAGGUUUCUGUGUGGCUGCUUUGGAAAGUGAGUAUGAUCAGAGCUCCUCUCCUUGGUCCAGGCCCUCAGGGCCUGUGCCUGGGGUCAUGACUGGAAGAGCACACAGAUCUUUGCCUUGGUUAAACGUGUGUGAGCACAGGUGCUGGGACUCGGACUCAUGGCCCAGGCACCAGAUAAGCAAGUUGUUCCGAGAGGGCUAGGGACGCUCACAGCUAAGUGGGGCUCACAGAAAGUAGGCUAGACCCGCUCCUCCCGUGCCUGUCCUGGCUGGGCCCUGCUCCUCUCUGACUUGUAAGCCACAAGUUUCCCUAUAAAGCUCUGCUUUCUGCUUGUGACCUUGUUCAUCUGUGCCUCCUGUUACCCAGAGCUGUUUCUGUCACCUUGGAGCUUACAACUGUCCAGCUUGAAAGCCCUGUGGCCCUGUGUUCCACCCAAAGCCAUGGCUGUAGCAGACACAGGAGGAGGAAGCGUUCAAGAACGCUGUGAGAUGCAGGGUUAGAACACUUUGCACGUGUCUCUUCACUAACUGGGUAAAGAGCCCUUUUUAAAAAGAUGUAUUCUUAACUAUGUGUACGCCUGCCUGUGCGCAUGUAAAUGCAUUAUCCAUUGAGACCAGAAGAGGGCAGCAAACCUGCAGCUGGGUCUAGGCAGUUGUGAAUGGGCAGACAUGGUCCUCUGGAAGAACAGGGCUUUUAACCUCUCAGCCAUCUUCCCAGCGCCAAGAACAAGAUUUUUCAUAGCCGUGUGGCCGUUUCAUUUUCAGAGAGGGGAAGAGCUAAUGCAGGAGGAAACCAGGACAGGUGGUGGGGCAGGGAAGAGCCCUGGUUCAGCAUGUGUCCUUCUGUUUGUCCCUGUGGGAGGCAGACAGAGGCAGUGACUUCUGCACGGUCCUUUCCUGGUGGGUAGCUAGCUUGGCCAGGACAGAGGAGCCACAGGAGGGCAUGGCUGUGGUUGUGCCCCACUGCUAAGCUGGUGUCUAUCCAGGCAGCAGGACUGGGGAAGGCUGGUGUCCCGAGCAAAGGUUCGAGACACAGUUCCUCUGUGCAUUUGCUACAUAUACUUAGGAGCUGUAAUUCUGUCUCAUGACCCAAAUUAAAUUCAGGUUCUUUAUUUCCGGCUGCUCAGAGCCUGUGGAGAGAACGCAGGUGCCUGUUCAGACUGCGGAGAGAGGUUAAACUUGGAAUUGUGGCAGAGAAAUGUACUUGAUGGCCCCCACAGCUGAGGGGUCUCCAUGUCUCUCUGUCUCUGCCUCCCUUUAAAAAGGUGAUGGGUAUGGAAAUGUGUUACAUGUGUUCAUUAAAUGCAUUUGAUAAAACUCCUAGGAUCUUCUCAUGGCUGAGAUGGUAAUCUGUGACUUAGGAGAUGGGACAGUGUGGGAUGAAGUGACCAUAUUGAAGGAAAACAUGCUGAUUAAUGUCUUGUAGAAAAUGCUAGAGCAGUUUACCAUCCCGUGGAAAUAUAUAGAAUAUACCACUCGUGUUAACAUUUUCAUAAUACCACAUUAAAAAUUUUAAAAGGAA